UAUAAUCUAAACAUUUAUUCUUAGAACUCAGCAAAUGACUCAUGACCACAACAAAAACCAACAACUAUACCCGGUAUAGACAUAAACACACAACUAAACGGUAUUAAAAAUUAGUAUUAAACAAACUUUCGAACAUUGUUGCCGCCAAAAAGAUAGCAAUAUGUCUGUAUUUGGUAAAGACUUUGAAAAAGAUUGGCCUUUAAGUGAAAAAACAAUAAAGUUAACAAAAUUUUCGCAACAACUUUUACAGAAAUGUUUAAAAAUAGAAAAACCGAUUAAAAAAGAAAUAAAUAUAGAAGAUUUUAUACAAAAAUCCAAUAAAUUUCCAUUAAAGUUCCCUAUCGAUAGCUGUCGCGUUAAAUCUCAACCUGUGGAACGUCAUGCUGAUAUACAACAACAAAUUUCCUCGGCAUAUCCACUGAUACAUGAGAAAGUAUUAUUUUUGAUUUUAGACUUUUUGGAGCAUAAAUUAAAGUAUGGCACCACCCGAGAAAAACAACUUUAUGCCAAUAUGGGACCCACUGAAUUUGUUCAACGAUUACUGAACAAACGCUGCGCCAGUUUUGUAGGAUUUUUUGAUAGUUAUGUACUUAUCACAGGAGAAACUGGUUGUGGUGAAAAAUAUCUUAAAGUUGGCACAGACGAAGAAGAAGCACCCUUAACACUGGACAACGUUUUAAGUUAUGAUGAGAUUAAG